CACAGUGAGGGGAGGGCAGAGUGUCCAAAAGGAGUUAGGCACAACAAUUUGAGGAGGAGAGAUUGAAACAAGAGUGAGAGGGAGCACAGCAAAGUUCCCAAAACUGGCUUGAAACUAAGGUGAGAGCCACAGCCCAGCCGUGUUGGGAUGAGCGCCACAAUGAACGUGACAGAAGUCUACAAGAGAAUAACUGACAGUUACAAUGAGGCAAACGUCUCUGGCAAUGGGAGUGUGAUGGGUGUCCUGAACAUCCCCGCUUCCCUAAACAAAGCCAUCAACAUCCUCACCAUCGUCAUCCUCUUCAUCAUCAUGAUUUCUCUUGGCUGUACGAUGGAGUUUUCCAAAAUAAAGACUCAUCUCUUCAAGCCAAAAGGAGUAGCCAUUGCUCUGCUGGCCCAGUUCGGCAUCAUGCCCCUGACUGCUUUCUCUUUAGCCAAAAUCCUGCAGAUGGAUCCCAUCAAGGCUGUGACUGUGCUCAUCUGUGGCUGCUGUCCAGGGGGAAGCCUGUCAAACAUUUUUUCCCUGGCUAUGAAUGGUGACAUGAACCUCAGCAUCGUGAUGACCACUUGCUCCUGCAUCGCUGCCCUGGGUCUGAUGCCGUUGCUUCUGUAUAUCUACUGCCAAGGCUUUGACGGUCUGGAAGAUGCCGUACCGUAUAUUGGCAUCAUCUCUGCUCUCGCCUUUACCCUGGUGCCUUGUGCCAUUGGCAUUGCCAUAAACUACUACAAACCAAAAUACUCACCGUUCAUCAAGAAAGCUGGUUUUGGCAUCCUGACAGUCUCUGCUGUCCUGGUGUUCAGUCUGUCUUAUUUCGCCAUCAAAGACGUGAUACGGCUGGCCCUCACACCUGAUGUUCUGGCCGUGGCGGCUCUGAUGCCUCUGAUUGGAUUCACACUGGGAUAUGUGAUGUCUAUGAUAUGCAGACUCAGUCCAAAAUGCAGCAGGACAGUCUCCAUGGAAACUGGAUGUCAAAACAUCCAGCUGUGCAUUACCAUCCUUAAAGUGGCCUUUUCCCCCCAGGUCAUAGGACCCAUGUUUCUCUUCCCGCUGGUAUACUACACAUUCCAGUGUGCGGAGGCCCUGCUGCUGACCCUGUGCUUCAGAUGUUACCAAGCAUUCAAGCCACCAGCCGGGGGUAACAGUCACAGCUGUCCGAGAGUUUUUGUACUGCGAGGAGGGCUCAGUCCAGCUCUCACACAUUCGUAGCUAUUGGUCUUUUGAUUUGAGACUAAUGUAACAUUACCCUUCUCUUACACAGACGGCGAUGAAGUUAAACAAAAGGGAGUUGAAACGACCAUUACAGUGCCACAAAUAACCGCUUAGUGCUGGAGAGAGGAGCUGAAUCCCACCCACUGAGGAUGCUGACUCCACAUGUUCUACACUCAGGCCUGUGAUAGGGAAAGACUGGUGAAGCAAGGGGAACUAAUACUCCUAAUACUGUUCAUCUAAUCAAUUCUAUACCAUGUUAACUUUUGGCAAUGCCUGUUGAAAUCUUUGAUCUAAAAGAAAAUGAUUUUACUUUACUAUUUUUGUACUUAAAGAUGUGCUAGUUUUAUG